AUGAAUACUGAUGAAACUUAUUUGAAUCGGCCGUGUCCGAAUAUCGGCUCGUCUGAUGAAACGAAUUCUUUAGUCGAACUUCGAUUCUCGUUGCCUAUAACCAUUGUUGUCUAUGUUGCCUAUUUCCUGCCAUUUUGUUUUGGUGUUUUCGGAAAUAUUAGUGUUUGUCUUAUAUUUUUCCAACAGAAGAAAUUAAGAUCUAUCACUAAUACAUUUCUUAUGAAUCUAUGUUUAAACGAUCUGAUUGUUCUAUGUGUGUCAAUUCCCAUGACUUUAUCAGCUGCUUUAGUUGAAAACUGGGUCUUUGGAGCGUUCCUUUGUAAAUUCGUGCAUUUUACUCCGACCGUCACGGCGUUAGUCUCAACAUUUACCGUUGCUAUCAUCGCUGUCGAACGUUGGUUUUUCAUCGUCAACAAGCGCAAAUUCGACCGUCGAUUCACCAUUGUCACAUUGAUUCUACUUUGGUUGGUUUCCAUUAUAAUUGCAUUACCAGAAUUUAUCUCCCGACGGAUGGAAGAUCGAAUUCCCGCAGCUGUUCGGCAAGAAGUUCUAAAACGUUCCCAAACUUCGUUAAAUGCCAGCAAUACUUCCAUGAUUGAACAAAUGUUUUUCCCAGCACUGUGUAACAAGAAGAAAUAUGAUUGUGUCUAUCCGCCUGACUUACCCAUGCGAGUAUUUCAGUAUUUAGUGAUCACUGUUCAAUACCUAGUGCCGUUCCUAUUCGUAUCGGUUAGUUGUUAUUCUAUUAGUCGGUUUCUCAAACGACGAAUGAUUCGCAUGCGUUCGUAUCAGGGUCAUCGUCGUCGUCCAACAAAAACCUCACUGCGAAAGAAGCGAAGACAAUCGUUCAAUGUAAAGGAAGAAACAACGGAAUUAGAAGUAACAAGUUAUGAUGGUACAGCAUCCUUGCCCGCAACGUUAACAAAUAAUUUUUCGAGUAAAACAUCGGAUUUAUUUUCUUGUUUUCGUCAAGUAAACGAAGAACUCAACGAGCAUCCGAAUGCUUUAAAUAUUGUUGAUCAACAACAAUUAUUGAAGUGUCAAUCACACACUAAACGACGAUUCCAUCGAAGUAGAAAAUUGCUCAUAUCAGUUGCUCUACUUUUUACCAUUUCAUGGUUACCUGUAACGAUUGUGCAGAUCUAUUUAGAGCACAGUCAAAAUACACUGAAUCCGCACUUUAUCUACGGAUAUCUACUAAUUCCCUCCUACUUGAUCUCGUCAUUAUCAGCUUGUUUGAAUCCGGUGAUUUAUAAUUAUAUCAAUCGCAGUUUCCGACGAGAAUUCUAUUCAUUGUAUUCUUGUUGUUUUGCUGUUUCGUCGUCAACAGAUUCGCGAAAAGAGGCUACUACUAUCGGGCCCAAACGAUUACGGCCCGAGGCAACACACUUUGAUCGAGUGGAAACUCAUCUAAUAUCCCCGUCGGUAUACAAGCCAUCCAGUCAAUGUGUUAGCUUUGCUAACGAAGCGACUAUCAUGGCAUGUGACUAA